GUGACGUUUUACACAUGAGGUGUCGGACUGGACCAACGUACGUGCGUGUAUGGAACGAUUUAGCAUCGUUUAGCCGUGUUCGGGCAUCCUGUUUCCAUUUAUGACUGACAUUUUCAUGAACGAUAGUUUAAUCUGAAACCCAGUAUAAUAGUAUUUCGGAUAUCAUCUGUGGGAUAUCAAAACAACCGCUAUGGAGGCGCCUGUCAUCAUCAACCCGUUUCAACAACAUGGCGGCGGUAUUGCUGUUGUUGACUCGGAUGACGGGCCUGGGACACCUGGGUCCGACAAAGAGGUGUUAACCAUCAAAAUACGAGACGUAAAUCCUCAUGUUGUGUGUAUAUUAUGUGCUGGAUAUUUCAUUGACGCCACAACAGUUACAGAAUGUUUGCAUACAUUUUGCAAAAGUUGUAUUGUCAAAUACUUGCAGACCUCCAAAUGUUGUCCCAUGUGUAACAUAAAGAUCCAUGAAACACAGCCCCUCAUUAAUCUGAAAGCUGAUCGAACCAUGCAGGACAUUGUUUUCAAACUUGUGCCAAACCUUUAUGAAAAUGAAGAAGAUAGAAAAAGAGAGUUUUACAAAUCUAGGGGGUUAGAUAAAGUACAGAAUCAAGUACAAACAUCACUGAGUGGUAGACUGGAUCCAACAGCAAGUCACUUUUACAGGAAUGAUGAGCAGCUGUCUAUGUGUUUAGAAAGGCAUAGUUCGUUGAUAGUUGACGACCACGAAGGAAAAAGUUACUUGAAACCCCUGCACAGGAAAUAUCUGAGGUGUUCAGUAAGGACAUGUGUCUCACACAUCAGAAAGUUGCUGGUUAAGAAGCUUGCUAUUCCCAAAAGGCUGGAGGUGCAAGUUUUAUGUAAUGAUGUUGUUUUACCAAAAAAUGCAACGAUGAAGUAUGUUUGGUUGUCACAAUGGCGAGGUCUGUGUGCUCCUAUGGUGCUGCAUUACAGACUUAAACCAAGAUACCAUUAAAUGUGUUUAUAUACUGUACAUUGCUUGAUAGAAAGAAAGACACCAGCAACUUUUAAAUGCAAUAUUAGCGAACUUUCUAAAGAUUGUUUUUUGCCCAUUUUGAGUAUAUAGAAG